CGCCGGCGUCGCCGCCGUCGCGCGCGCGAAGAUGGCGGGCCUAGCCGAGGCUGCCCCUGGUGGCGGCGACGGCGGCGGCGGGCCUCGCCGGGGCGCCCCGCUGGAGCCCUCGCCGCUGCUGCUGCAGGCGGAGGGCGGGCAGCCGCGGCGGAGCAGCUUCGCCAGCGGCGGCGACGGGCGGCCGCCGCCGAGCACCGAGACGCUGGGCUUCUACGAGAGCGACCCGCACCGGCGGCAGCAGCACCGCGGGCCCUCGGAUCUCUCUCUACUGAGGUUUAUCAGCGCAGAGCUAACAAGGGGCUACUUCCUCGAACACAAUGAAGCCAAGUAUACGGAACGGAGGGAGAGAGUGUACACGUGCAUGCGGAUACCCAGAGAGUUGGAAAAGUUGAUGAUUUUUGGAAUCUUUUUGUGCCUGGAUGCUUUCCUUUAUGUAUUCACCCUCCUCCCGUUGAGAGUUUUUCUGGCAAUGUUGAGGUUCAUCACAUUGCCUUGCAGUGGCUUGCGCUGUCACCUAAGGAUGGGCCUAAGGAUGAGUGAUAGACGCCUGCUGCAGCCAGCCCAGGUGUGUGAUAUUUUCAAAGGCGUAAUACUUGUAAUUUGCUACUUCAUGAUGCACUAUGUUGACUAUUCCAUGAUGUACCACCUGAUUAGAGGACAAUCUGUGAUUAAACUCUACAUCAUCUAUAAUAUGCUUGAGGUAGCCGAUCGUUUGUUUUCAUCUUUUGGACAAGAUAUCUUGGAUGCUCUCUACUGGACUGCGACGGAGCCAAAGGAAAGGAAAGCGGCACACAUAGGGGUCAUCCCCCACUUCUUCAUGGCAGUGCUGUAUGUCUUCUUGCAUGCUAUCCUUAUUAUGGUCCAAGCAACAACACUCAAUGUAGCCUUCAACUCCCACAAUAAAUCACUUCUUACUAUCAUGAUGUCUAACAAUUUUGUGGAAAUAAAGGGAAGUGUUUUCAAGAAAUUUGAGAAGAACAACUUGUUUCAGAUGUCAAACAGUGAUAUCAAAGAGAGAUUCACCAACUAUGUGCUGUUGCUGAUAGUUUGCCUAAGAAAUAUGGAACAAUUUUCAUGGAACCCAGAUCAUCUGUGGGUAUUGUUCCCUGAUGUCUGUAUGGUGAUUGCAUCAGAGGUUGCCGUUGACAUUGUGAAACAUGCUUUUAUAACCAAAUUCAAUGACAUCACAGCUGAUGUUUACAGUGAAUACAGAGCCAGCCUUGCCUUCGACUUCGUUAGCAGUCGGCAGAAAAAUGCAUAUACAGAUUACAGUGACUCUGUUUCCAGGAGAAUGGGCUUUAUUCCACUCCCACUGGCUGUUUUACUCAUCAGAGUUGUUACAAGUUCUGUAAAAGUUCAAGGGAUCUUGUCCUACUGCUGUGUAAUUCUUUUCUAUUGUGGUUUAAUAUCGCUCAAAGUACUCAACAGCAUUGUGUUGUUGGGGAAGUCCUGCCACUAUGUCAAAAAAGCAAACAUGGAGGAGAAGUUGUUCAACCCACCUCCUUCUGGCACCCCAGGAAAACCUCUUGGCAAACCACAGAGCAAGUACAAGUCUCCUCAAGGGCUUUCUACAGAGGAAGGCUUCUCCGCAUCAGUGACCAGUCAGCCUGUACAUCCAAAGGAAAAUGUCGCGCCCCAACUGGUGACGAGUCCCUCUGACCAGUUUCUGACAACCCCUGACGGAGAUGAGAAGGACAUAUGCCAGGACAGUGCAGAAUCCAAAUCCAGAUCCACAAAGAAAGAUUUGUUGGAGAUAGACAGGUUUACCAUUUGUGGAAAUCGCAUUGACUAGCGGUCUGUGAGUGGGAGACUGAGCACUUGGAACAGGAAGGGCUGUCAGUGACGGACAGAUGCCAAAUAGGCGCACCAAUAUUUAUUUAAAACUUAAAUUAUUAACAGCAAAUCUAUUUACAGGGUGUAAGUUGGCUUGAAAAAUUGAUCAAGCCUCAGCUUUGUAACCUUGGUAUUUUGAAAAAUGAAGUAAGUUUAAAAAAAAAAAAAAAACACCGACAGCUGGACAGAGCUGCA